AUGACAGAAGUUGGCAUUUCAUUAGCCACACACAUAACAUCAGAUAAAGUAAGUAAUGAGGAGGAAACUGAAUGGACACCCGAAGAACUUCACAUUCUUUUGGAUUUAACUACACGAUUUAAGGAGUGGUAUGUCAUUAGUUAACUAAAAUAUAAUGUAUUUGAAAUAUAUUUGUGUAGAACAUGAAAGUUUUUUUAAUUUUGACUGUCCUGGUUUCAUGUUAUAUUAUCCUUGCUCAUAAUUCUUCUUUAGGGAAGUUUUAGCGACGAAAAUGAACGAAGAGUUUGGUGCUAAUCGUCCGGAAGAUUUCUUUACAGCUUCUGUAAGUUUAUAUUAGUUUUAUUGUUAUGCUUUUAGGUUUUAAAGCACAAAUUCAGUCGAUUGAGUGGAGAAAGUUGCGGUAAAAAGCCAGAUAUGGAAGUUCUUGCUUGGAUAAAACAGUUUUUGAAGCGGGUAAGGGAGAAUUUGUGUUGUUUUUGUUGUGAAGAAUGUUUAAUCAUAUGGGUUUUGUUGUUUUUGUUCAUUUUGGUUUUUGUUUUCGAGGGUUAAUUGAGUUUAGCGUUGUUAUAGUUAGAAAACAUACCUUUAUAAUUUUUCUUUUAUUUUUAGGUAAUAUUAAGCUAAAGUAAAGUGUUUUACGUUGUGUUUAACGUUUAAAUAUUAAGGACGUUAUAAAUUUAAUUUUUUAGACGACAACAGAGCGAAAUUCAUCUGGAGACGUAGCAAAAAUAGCUAGAAUCCGAAGAUAUUUUGAACUUUGGCAGCAUGCAUCACAAGGAAAGCUUACAGAACAUCAGCUACAAGAGGUUAUUGGGCUAAAGAUGUGUAAGACUUUUUUGGGCAGUUCGAAUUUUCCAAAUGAAGAUCCAGAAAAGCAAUUGUGGUUAGAUUCGGAUUUGUUUAGGUCUAAGUUGAGCAAGGAUGAGUGGAAUAAUGUAGGUUUUUUUGUUAUUUGAAGUUGAUUUUAUUAUUAUUAUAUUUUUUGUUUUAUUCAGUGCGUUUUAGGACAAAAGACGUUUAGGACGCUGAGUUAUUUAGCUUUUCUAUAUUAUACUUGAUUUUUAAGGCUUUUAAAAGUAAAUCUAUCCAUUUAAGCUUCGAAAUCCAGAAGAACUGAUAACAAAGCUAAAGAACAACACAGUAAACAAAGAAAGGUUUUUGUUCGAACAUCCUGAGUUAAAGAAAGCCGAGGAAGAAGCUGCUAAAAUCCUUCAGAAGCAAGAAGAAGAUGCCCGCCUAAUGUCUCCACCGGAUUUAAAACGAAAAAGAGUUCAAGUACCAUCGCCAUCAGUUACUGAUUCUCCAAAAGCAGUCAAAUCAGAAUCAACCACGCCUGGGCCCGAUAUUAUAAUGAUUGAACCGGAGCCAGAAGUGGUAUUGAAACGUCUUAAGUCUCCAGAACAGGCAACGUUACCAAUUGCUGCUGCACUGGCUGAAAUAAAGCCUGUGGAGAUUGAUGCUGGCUCAUCUGACGUUCAUACUGAUGGUGAAGAUAGUGAAAAAGAGAAAGUUGUGGAAGAACUAAAGGCUGGUGAACAGCCUGUUGCUAAACGGUAAGAUUUAAGUUGAUUUUUGGUAUUUUAGGUAUGAAAUAUUGAGUUCUUGGAUGUUAACGCUCAAGAAUCGCUAGAUUACUCAUAGAAAUUUGUUUAUGAGCAAAUUUGCGGCUUAUAUUAACUUUUCAUUAAGUUAUUGUAUAGUUGCCUAUCUAUAUGCAUUUAGCCUUCAUUUCAAAAUCUAGCGUAUCUUAACAUUUUUUUUAAAAUUCCAGGUUACGUGGCAGAUCAGCAACGACAUCAUCCGACGUGUCGACCCCUACAACGUCAGCUCAACCCAGUCCAGCUCCCGUACCUAGCACUCGAUCUUCACCUAGACAUGCGCCUAGUGAUAACGAGGAAAAGAGGACGUUGAGGACAAAGAAAUUGCCUGAAAAGGUAGAAUCGCCUAAGAAGGUUGAAGGUACAAAGAAAGAGGUGUUGGACAAUGGAUUCGAACCAGAAAGCGGGACUAGUGAAGGUAAAAAUGGCUUUUUUUUAGUUUUUUUGGUUUUUAGGCGUAAGGAUAUUCACUAUGAUAUUACACUAAAAUUUUGACGAUUUUUAUACAUUUUGAAGGCGAAUUCGAGCUUUUUAUAUGAAAUUAGAUUAUUUUUAAACGUGUUUUUUGAAAUUGAAUUACUAAAAGGUUGUUUUAGUUGAAGAAUCGACCAAGUUUGCGGCUCCAGAAGUAUCAACAAUGAAUUCGAUAGAAUGUCAGACCACUUUGACCUUUAUACGGAUCAAUAGGUCAAGAUCAUUGUCACCGUCGAAAAAGAAGCUUGAGAAGACGAAUUCAAGUCAGAAAGAGUUAGCAACAGAAGCACCUGUAGCACAAUGUAGCCAGUCAUCAACUGAUACUGCUGCUACUAUCAAAACUGAAAGUGGUGAGUAUUCUUGGUAUUUUAUAUUCUGUAUAAGCUUAAAAUUUAAGUAGUAAUGCCAUUUUUGACGUUUUUAUUGUAAUUUGCGUGGCUUUUGUAAGGUGAUUAGUACAUUUUUGUUAUGAUUUACCUAAAGACGUUUUAUUUUUGCGUAUUUUUUAGUUUUAGUAGUCACUUUUUACAUUUGUAUUAUCUAAACAUCCAAUUUACAUAUUAUUUUCAAAUAUUUUAGACGAUCAAAUAGUGGAAUUCCCCAACGUAGGUCUCCAAACAGAGCCACUAGACCUGAAGCGCAUAAACGUAGAUGAAGAAAUCAUUUACGUUGGUGAAUCACUAGACGAAUCGAAAGUUCAAGAACUAUUGGCUCAACAUCGUGACAAAAGUCAGCCACCAGGGGAAGCUCCAAAAGAAAGACGAAGGAGCCGAAAGUCGAAUGCACAAGGCAAAAAGUUCAAAAUUGUCAUUGAGAGUGGUUUCAUUCAAGAGUUAUAUCCGUUUUUGUUGAAGAAUGAGGAUAAACUUGAGGAUGAUGAACGAUCAGAGGCUUCUGAUACUUGUAAGUUGAGGUUCUUAGGGGUUGAUGAUGGAAGACUGCUGCGUAUUUUACAAAAAUAUAUUUGAUUUUAAUCAAGAUUAGUAAGAAUGAUAUAAUAUGUCAAGAAGAUAUUGGUGCAGUUUUAAUAAUUUUUCUGUUUUUAGAACGAUAAUUAUGCUUUAUUUUCUAUUUGCAGCAAUAACCAUACUUUAUAUUACAUUUUCAGCACGCUCAUCAAGUAAACGCCGCUCAACCCGCCAUGGAACUGGUUCACAAGAACUAGCCAAAAAAUAUAUGAAAUCGAGUAAAACACCGACUCUGUUCCUAGAAUCAGCUCACCUACUCAAGAAUCCUGAUGUGGCUCUACCACCACCUAGUACAAAGUCACCUCAUGACCCUAUAAUAAGAUCGGCCCAUAACAUUAUAAUGCAACAGAAGUCGGCCAACAUAUUCAUGGAGCCGGUCACGGCUGAAGUCGAGAAUUACUUUGAUUUUGUGAAGUAGUAAGUUUUUAGAGGUUAAUUGGCAUCGAAAGAGUAGCUACUACACCUACUAGUAGGUAGUAUACCAGGUUAAUAUAAUUUCAAUUUAUUCUUAUAUUUGCUUAAAGUAAUUACUGAUAAGAGGUAAUCAUAACGUUAAUACAGAUGUUUAUUUUACACUUUCAGUCCGAUGGACUUGUCGACGAUACAAAAGUUCAUCGAUGAAGGCAGAUUGAAGUCGAUGUCGGAGUUGCAAGAACUAUAUAACUUAAUGUGUGCCAAUGCAAUCAUGUUUAACGAAAAUGGGCACACAGUCAACCAGGAUGCUAAAGAGCUGAAGAAAUUAUGCUUCGAGACUACUAGGGUAAGUUUUGGGCUAUAUUGAUGUUAAUAUAGUUUUUUUUGUAUUAUUUUUGGAAAAAAUUUGGUGUUUUGAUCAAAAGCAAGCAAAAUAUUUGUCUUUUUAGCUAGAAUUAAGUAUAAUAUUGGUCUUCUUACCCACUGUAACAUAGUGUUUUAGAGAUUACAGCUUAGGAAUAACACAAUUUUUUAAUUUUUUGUAUUAACUAUUUAUUUUCAGGAACUAAUCUACGCCCCACAAAGAAAAGUAGCCAAAAGACACUCAAUACAAACGAAUCGCUUCUCCACGAGACGUCUAACGCAAGUCACUAUACCAAAGAUCCUCCCUCACCACGCUUCACAACCACACCUGGUACCAGGCACGGCCAAAGCAGCGUUACCUCUAACACGUCGCACCUUCGUAAAUGCUGCUUUGUAUCGUACAAGAAGAUUCAAACAAGAGAAACGUGAAGAUUCCGCGACAUCAGCCACUAAUGUUUGA